AUGCGUUGGACAAAAUCUAUGAACGAAAACGCAUUGCGGACGUACUAUAGGGCGAAAGGGGAAGAAACUGUGGGAAUAGCGUAUAGGGCUCGGAUGCAUUACUUUUUUGCUGAGCUGGAGCCUUCUGUCCCCGUCACGGAACAAAACCUGGCAGACCGAGUUCGGUACAUAAUGCGCUCGAAAAUAUUUGAUGAUGCCGAACUCGAACGACUACGACGUGAGGCUAUUCCAUCGUCGAAUGAAUCGGCUAUGGCUGGAGAUGCAGCUGCACAUCCGACAGACCAGCAUCCACACGUGGAAGCCGCCAUGGAUCCUCCAGUUGUGGUUGAUUCGAACAACGAUGAAAUAGUCUCCCACGAACUAGAGCAAAUGAGGAGUAUAUUGGAAGAGGCGAUUUUGGAAACGCGCUUCGAUCUAGAAAAUCGACCGCAACUUCCCCGCAUACCCCUAAGCAAGCGAAAUCGGGCUGUCGUGAGGGCUCUUAACCCAAUGCUGGUGACCUAUUUGGAAGCCAGCCGGUACCUUUGCGAGACGGACUCAAUUCUCUUUGGCGCCGCAGUGGCAGUUUUCCGUAUUAUUGGUGCCAAACUUCCCAUGGCUGGACGCGCUACUACACAAAGUAACGCCAUCCAAGCCUGGAGAAAAUGA